GGUGCUUCUUGGAAACGCUAUAAUCUCGAUCAUCUUCAACCUCCACGAUCGAUCCUCUUUUUGUUUCUUGUUCCCUUUUCGUUAAAUUCCUCACUAAGGUUUUUGUGAACAAGUUGAAUUAAUUACCUUGGAGAAGAAAUCAGCAUCAGAUUACAGAAUAAGACCAUAAAUUCAGUUAGAUCUAUUGAACGUCUACGUAGAAGAGGAAUUUUGUCGAACAAUUUCAGUUUUUUCGAUGGUUUCGCUACAUAAGCGAUGAUCCGCAAUCGGAAGGGCGGAUUCUCAUCAACCAAGUUUCGGCGAAUUAGUUUGAUGGGUAUAAGUCUUGAUUGUGUAUGAAUAUUGGCGGUGGAAGAAUGAACAUUGUAAGAGGUGUUGCGGGUCUUAUUCGAAGGACAUCUGGCUAUGGUGGUGACUAUAGUGUAGGGUCAGCAUCUCAUAAGUUCCCUGUUCCAUCUCCAAAAGUUAAAUUCAGUGAUAUUGGUGAUGAGGCAAUAUUAUCUGCACUAUGGGAGAGAUAUCAAAGUGUCUCUGAAAAGGCAGAAAUACAAAAGGCUUUUCAUAUAUUUCUUAAACAAUUUUUUGUAAUAUACAAGAAUUGGGAGCCAUUAGAUUUAGAUAAUUCCACAGAGACUGCUUUGGGUGUCUCAUCUGGGGAGGAGUCUGAAAGUCCUGAUGAAGUUAUCAUUGGCUGUUCUACUGCACAUCCUGCUGAAAUCAUAGUGAUCUUAAUAGAAGAAGUUACAAAUAUAACAGCUAUGGUCACUGAAUGCAUAUCAGGGUCUUCAAGUAGCUUGGUUAUUACACCUGAAGGUUUUCGUGUCUUAAAAUGUUUGACUAUCAUGACCCGGUCAAUGCAUAACUGUAAAGUUUUGGGGUAUUAUGGUGGUAUUCAAAAGCUGACAGCACUAAUGAAAGCUGCUGUUGUCCAAUUGAAAACCAUUGCUGGCGCGCUUUCAGCUGAUGAAACUUUAUCGAGUUCUAAUGUACAGAAGGCUGGUGUUUUACAAAAAGUACUUGUACAUGUGGUUUCGAUUUUAUGCGGGUUUAUCAAUUUACAGCUAGAUAUAUAUGGAAAAGCUCAGAUAGACGUUGACAACUUGGAGGAUAGUAUUGAAAAGAUGGCCACAACUCCAGAACCUUUCAUUGAUUCAAGGGAUCCUCUUUCUGAAACAAGAUUGCAGUGGCAUCAGAAGGCAGUCAUAUCAGUGAUGGAAGCUGGUGGUCUUAAUUGGUUAGUAGAGCUGUUGCGGGUGAUUAGACGAUUAAGUUUAAAAGAACAAUGGACAGAUUCGUCUCUUCAGUAUAUGACUUUAAGGACUCUUCAGUUGGCAUUGACUGAUAACCCACGUGGUCAAAACCAUUUUCGGAGCAUUGGGGGCCUUGAGGUGUUGUUGGAUGCUUUGGGAGUUCCAUCAUUUAACUCUUUAAGUUCAAGAAAUUCAUCUUCUUCUGAUCAUGGAAGUGGAGAUGGAAAUCGUUUAAUGUGGGUUUUGCAGCUCCAUGUUCUUUCUUUGGAGGUCCUCAGAGAAGCAGUUUUUGGCAACUUGAACAAUUUGCAAUUUCUCUGUGAAAAUGGAAGAGUGCACAAAUUUGCAAAUAGCUUUUGUUUGCCAGCAUUUGUGUUUCAAGAAUUCAUGCAACAAAGAAGCAGCUCAUUGGUGGAGGAUGAUUCGAAAGCCAAUAUUCAGAGUACAGGAAUAACAGAAACUUCUUCGUCUGUGAAUAAACCUAGUUGUCAAUAUUGGAGUAAUUAUACUGUUAAUUUGAGCAAAACCCUCUAUUCCUUUAUUAUCCCAUUAGAGGAUUUAAGAUCACAUCAAGUGCAAUCGGGUCGUAGUACUUUUCCAUUUUCCUCUGUCUAUGGGGAACUUUCAAUAAAGUUCAUGAUGAGGGUUCUUCUAACUGUAUUUCCAAGCAUCAAGGCCUUUUCAAAUCAAAACGAGCUUCCUAGCCACUUAAGAAUAUUUCUGUAUUCGCUGCAGCAUUAUGUGCUAUUUGUAUUUCGGAAGAUUCUAGUUUUAUCCCCCUCAUCACUGGAUGUAUUUCGUGAUGAUCGCCCAUGGAGCACUGAGCCUUUUACUCGUUCAAGAUCCACUAACAAACGAGUACCAAGCUAUGAAACUGAUAUCCUUCAAACAAAUGUAAUUUCUGUUGUGGAAUUUGCUGCAACACUGGAUGCAACUUCACAUAAUAUGCCUGAAUGUUCUGUGCUGUUAGAUGCUUUGGAACUGUUUGCUUGUAAUCCUGAGGUCACCACUGGUCUAGCAAAGUGUCUACUCCACAUUUUGCAGCUUGCACCUGAGAAAACUUUUACUUCUUUUAAGACACUUGAUGCAAUUCCUCGUGUGGUCAAAGUUACCUGUAUUCAAGCUCAAGAGUCCAAAAAACCUGAAAGUGAAAGGAGUAGUUCACAAAUUUCAAAGAAAUCAAAGUCACCAGAGAAUGUUCGUGGUUGGCGGGAUAGUAUGGAAGCUUGCAUGCAGCUUUUUGCAGAGUUCUUUUCGGUUACUGAAGAAGCAAAGUUUUUGGUUUUGAAUAGUUCUACAUGUAUUGAUUGUUUGUUUGAUCUUUUCUGGGAAGAAUGUUUGAGAAGUUCCAUGCUUUCUUAUAUCUUUGCCCUCAUGAAGAUCAUUCCAUCUUCUGAAGAAGACCAAAAGGCAAAGUUAUACUUAUGUUCCAAAUACUUGGAAACCUUUACACAUCUCAAAGAAAGGGAGAAAAACUUUGCAAAACUAUCAAUUGAUCUACUGGUUGGGAUGAGAGACAUGCUUGUGAAGGACCGGAUGUACUUCCAGACUUUGUUCCGUGAUGGUGAGUGUUUUCUGCAUGUUGUAUCUUUAUUGCAUGGGUAUGCUGAAGAUGAUGAAGGUGAAAAACUGGUUUUAAAUGUUCUUCAAACUCUAACCUCUCUGCUUACGGGUAAUGAUGCCUCCAAGACUGCUUUCCGAGCUCUUGUUGGAAAAGGUUAUCGGACACUGCAAAGUUUGCUGUUAGACUUCUGUCACCGAAGACCCAAUGCAGGUCUUUUAACCGCUCUACUUGAUAUGCUUGUUGAUGGAAAGUUUGAUCUCAAAAAGAAUCCUGUUAUGAGGAAUGAAGAUGUUAUCUUGCUUUAUCUGAGUGUAUUGCAGAAGAGCAGUGACUCGAUGCGAAAUGAAGGGCUGAACAUGUUCCUUCAUCUACUGAGAGAUUCCAUAUCAAAUAGAGCUUCAUGUGUCCGAGUGGGAACACUUAGUUUUCUUCUUGACUGGUUUCCUUGUGAAGAUAAUGACAGUGUUGUCCUCAAAAUUGGGCAGUUAAUUCAGGUCACUGGUGGACAUAGUGUAUCUGGGAAAGAAAUUCGCAAAAUAUUUGCUCUACUUCGAAGUGAGAGAGUGGGGACCCGCCAGCAGUACUGCUCAUUAUUAUUAACCAAUAUUUCAUCUAUGCUAAAUGAAAAGGGACCCACAGCCUUCUUUAACUUUGAUGGAAAUGAUUCUGGAAUAAUAAUCAACACGCCACUGCAGUUACCUCUUUAUAAAGGAUAUUCUUUUUCUUGUUGGCUUCGUGUAGAAAGCUUUCCUACAAAUGGAACAAUGGGGCUUUUUAGUUUUCUUUCAGAUAGUAGAAGAGGAUGCUUGGCUGUCCUUGCAAAGGAUAGGCUUAUUUUUGAGUCAAGAUAUCAGAAGCAACAGUGUGUUUCAUUUCCUCUCAAUCUUGUUGGUAAAAAAUGGCAUUUUCUGUGCCUAACUCACAGUAUUGGCAGAGCUUUCUCAGGAGGGAGUCUAAUAAAAUGUUAUUUGGAUGGAGCUCUUGUUUCAUCAGAAAAAUGCAGCUAUCCCAAAGUCAAUGAACCUUUGACCGGUUGCAUGAUAGGAGCACCGAUUAAUUUGCUUUCUUAUGAAGAAGAUACCACUUCCUCUUCCAGCAAAGAAUCAUCUCCAUUUUUUGGUCAAAUCGGUCCAGUUUAUCUCUUCAAUGAUGCCAUCACUUCUGAACAAGUGCAGGGAAUCAAUUUCCUAGGCCCAAACUAUAUGUACUCUUUUCUUGAUAAUGACCUUACAGUGUCUGCUGAUAACCAACUGCCCAGUGGGGUUCUUGAUGCCAAAGAUGGUCUGGCUUCCAAGAUUAUAUUUGGACUCAAUGCACAGGCUAGCAAUCGAAGGGCGUUAUUUAACGUUUCUUCUUUGCUGGAUCAUGCGGUUGACAAGAGUUCAUUUGAGGCAACUGUUAAAAAUGGGACUCAACUAUGUUCUCGCCGAUUGUUGCAACAAAUUAUCUACUGUGCUGGGGGCGUUUCUGUCUUUUUCCCUCUCUUCACCCGCAUCGAUUUGUACGAGAAUGACAGUCAGAAUCUGCUGACACCUAUAACUAAAGAGCGCAUAACUGCUGAAAUCAUUGAGCUUAUUGCCUCUGUUCUAGAUGAAAACCUCUCAAAUCAACAGCAAAUGCUCAAUAUUUCUGGAUUUUCGGUUCUUGGUUUUCUGUUGCAGUCACUCCCUUCCCAACAGCUUAAUAUGGAUACCUUAUCGGCUCUCAAACAUAUGCUAAAUGUCAUCUCAAAUUGUGGCUUGGCUGAAGUCCUUGUGGAAGAUGCAAUAUCGCAUGUAUUUCUCAAUCCUUUCAUCUGGGUAUAUGCAGCCUACAACGUGCAAAGAGAACUAUACAUGUUUCUCAUUCAGCAAUUCGAUAAUGAUCCAAGGCUUCUAAAAUCUUUAUGUCGUUUUCCUCGUGUUCUUGAUAUAAUUCACCAGUUUUACUGGGAUAAAAUGCCUUCUCCCAUUGCUGGAAGCAAACCUCUCUUGCAGCCUAUAACCAACAAAGAUUUUGGGAAGAGGCCCAACAAAGAAGAAAUACAAAAAAUACGGCUGCUUUUACUGAGUAUUGGUGAGAUGAGUCUUAAGGAGCAUAUUGGAGUGUCGGAUAUUGAAUCUCUUGUAUCCUUUUUUGAGACAAGUCAAGACAUGGCCUGCAUUGAGGACAUUUUACAUAUGAUUAUCCGAGCUCUUUCCCAAAAAUCACUGCUUGCAUCUUUUCUUGAGCAAGUCACUUUAGUUGGUGGCUGUCGUCUUUUUGUCAAUCUGCUUCAAAGGGGCUAUGAACCAAUCCGAUUGCUCGGUUUGCAAUUCCUGGGAAGACUUUUGGUUGGUAUCCCAUCUGAGAAAAAGGAGUCAAAAUUCUUUACUUUAGCCAUGGGAAGAUCAAAGACUCUUCUAGAAGGCCCCAAGAGAAUCGAGUUAAGGCUGCCACCCAUUUUCUCUGCCAUGUCAGACAGGCUGUUCCGAUUUCCUCAGACAGAUCUUCUUUGUGCAACUUUUUUCGAUGUUCUUCUCGGUGGUGCUAGCCCGAAACAGGUUAUACAGAGACAUAAUCAGCCUGAGAAGCAAAGAAACAAAGGAACCAACGUGCAGUUCUUCCUACCUCAAAUAUUGGUUCUCAUUUUUAAAUUUCUGUCUAACUGUGAGGAUGCAAAUUCAAGAAUAAAAAUACUUGAAGAUCUGCUUGAAUUGCUAGAUUCAAAUACCUCUAACAUUGAGGCACUUAUGGAAAAUGGAUGGCAAGCAUGGUUAGUUGCUUCCAUGAAGCUUGAUGUGUUGAAAACCUACAAAAUGAAACCACAACGUGAUGGUGACCCUGAAUUAGUUGAGCAGAACCAUGUGAAGACCCUAUUUUCUCUAGUUCUAUGUCACUACAUACAGUCAUCAAAAGGUGGAUGGCAACCUCUGGAAGAGACUGUGAAUUUUCUCCUGAUGCAAUAUGAACAUGGUGGCAAGUCAUAUUGGUACCUGCUACGUGAUAUAUAUGAGGAUUUGAUGAAGAGGCUUGUGGACUUAUCUUCUAGAGAAAAUAUCCUCUCCUCACAGCCAUGUCGUGACAAUACAUUGUACCUUCUGAAACUAGUUGAUGAGCUGCUGAUCUCUGAACUUGAUAACAAGCUUCCAUUUCCAGCAUGUGGCUAUGAUUUCUCUCCUGAACACAUUCGGUUGGAAAAUGAUAGAGAUCUUGUUUCUGCUUUGUACGAGGCCCUUCAGGGAGAUGGUCAUGAUCAUAUCUCAAAGGCUCACAAGCAGUCUGUCUCUAAUCAAGUUGAAAAGAUGGAUGAAUCAUGGUGGAAUCUGUAUGACAAUUUAUGGGUUGUGAUUAGUGAAAUGCAUGGGAAAGGGCCAAGCAGGUUGUUACCAAAAUCAUCAUCAUCUGUAGGGCCAUCUUUUGGUCAAAGAGCACGUGGUUUGGUCGAGUCACUUAACAUUCCUGCUGCAGAAAUGGCUGCGGUUGUUGUCUCAGGAGGACUCACAAAUGCACUCAGUGGGAAACCAAACAAAGUAAUCGAUAAAGCCAUGCUGCUAAGGUCUGAAAAGUGUUCAAGGAUUGCUUUUCGACUUAUGAUUGUAUAUCUAUGCAAAUCUUCUCUUGAAAGAGCUUCAAGAUGCGUCCAGCAGUUCAUUCCCAUACUGCCCUGUAUCCUCUCUGCUGAUGAUGAGCAAAGCAAAAGUCGACUACAAGUUUUUAUCUGGGCAUUGCUUGCUGUUAGAUCCCAGUUUGGGAUGUUGGAUGAUGGUGCUCGGUUUCAUGUCAUUGCUCAUUUGAUCCGUGAAGCAGUUGACUGUGGGAAGCUGAUGUUGGCAACCAGUAUUGUUGGAAGAGAUGAUUUGUUGGAUACAAGCAGUGUCUCAAAGGAAUCCGGAACAAUCCAGAACUUGAUACAAAAGGAUCGCGUGCGUAUUGCGGUUUCGGAUGAGGUUAAAUAUUUAAGAAAUAGCCGUGCCGAGCAAACAAAACAAGUUGCUGAGUUUCGUGUUAGAAUGAAUGAAAUUAUAUCUUCUGAUUUGAAUCAAUGGAGAGCUUUUGAAGAUGAUAUACGCAGUAGCUUAAAUUCUAUUCUUGCCUCAGAUGAUAGCAGAAGAGCUUCCUUCCAGCUUGCUCAUGAUGAGGAGCAACAAGUCACUGCUGAAAAUUGGAUACACAUACUCCGCACUCUGAUAGAUGAAAGAGGUCCAUGGUCAGCUAAUCCAUUCCCUAACAAAAUUGUUACACACUGGAAGCUUGACAAGACAGAAGACAGAUGGAGGCGUAGGCAGAAGUUAAGACAAAAUUAUCAUUUUAAUGAAAAGCUUUGUCAUCCUCCUUCAACUGUUCCUACCAAUGGGACUAUUCCUUCUCCACCCGAAACAAAGUCAGGGUUUGCAGCUCACAUUCCACAGCAAAUGAAACAGUUCUUGCUUAAAGGAAUUCGAAGGAUUACAGAUGAAAGUUUUUUGGAAUCUGUAGAACUUGAUGCUGAAAUCAGUGAGCACAAGGCUUCCACCAGUGAGGAUGUACCUGAGAGACACAACUCAGAGGCUCCAAAAGAGGAAAGUGAGCAGCAGAGGGAUUUCCAUGACAGGAAAGACCAUUCCUCUACUACUACUAGCUCAAUUGAAUCAGAGGUGCUCAUGUCUGUUCCAUGUGUACUUGUUACACCAAAAAGGAAACUAGCAGGUCGUUUGGCUGUGAUGAAGAAGUUUCUACAUUUUUUUGGGGAGUUCUUGGUUGAAGGCACAGGUGGAUCAUCUGUUUUUAGAAAUAUUCAAGCAUCUGGUGGUUUUGAUUCAAAUAGAAGUGAUAAUUUAGCAGCACAAAAGCAAAAGUAUAUCAAAUGGCCACUUAAUUUAGAUUUAACAUCCGAGGGGGAAGCCUCUGAUAACAUAAAUGCAGUUCUUGGUAAUCUUCUUCAGAAGCAAUCUGAAAACAUCAAGCGCCAUAGAAGAUGGGAAAUCGGCAAGAUAAAGGCUGUCCACUGGACUCGCUAUUUGCUCAGAUACACUGCCAUAGAGAUUUACUUCAACGACUCAACCGCUCCAAUAUUUUUUAAUUUUGCAUCAAAUAAAGAAGCCAAAGAUGUUGGAAGCUUGAUAGUUUCCACUAAAAACGAAUCUGUUUCUCCAAAGGGCUACAGAGACAAAUCUGGAGUUAUUUCCUUCAUUGAUAGACGUGUUUCAUUGGAGCUUGCUGAAACUGCAAGAGAAAGCUGGAGGAGAAGAGACAUUACAAACUUUGAAUAUUUAAUGGUUCUCAAUACCCUUUCAGGCAGAUCAUAUAAUGAUUUGACUCAGUAUCCUGUGUUUCCUUGGGUAGUGGCAGAUUAUUCAUCUGACACUCUUGAUUUUAGCAAGUCCUCUACUUUUCGUGAUCUUUCAAAGCCUGUUGGAGCACUGGAUCAAAAACGGUUUGAGGUUUUUGAAGAUAGAUACCGUAACUUCUCUGACCCUGAUAUCCCCAGUUUCUUUUAUGGAUCCCAUUACUCAAGCAUGGGUAUUGUGCUAUAUUAUCUCCUUAGGUUAGAGCCUUUUACAGGCCUCCACCGUACAUUGCAGGGUGGUAAAUUUGACCAUGCAGACCGACUUUUUCAAAGUAUUGAGAGCACAUAUCGUAACUGCCUUUCUAAUACAAGUGAUGUGAAGGAGUUAGUGCCUGAAUUCUAUUACAUGUCAGACUUUCUUGUUAACUCAAACUCUUACCAUUUUGGAGUGAAACAAGAUGGUGAACCUUUAAAUGAUGUUGGCCUCCCUCCUUGGGCCAAGGGAUCACCUGAAGAAUUCAUAAGUAUAAACAGAGAAGCACUAGAAAGUGAAUAUGUUAGUUCAAAUCUCCACCACUGGAUCGAUUUAAUCUUUGGCUACAAACAACGUGGAAAACCAGCAGUCGAGGCAGCAAAUAUCUUCUAUUACUUAACAUACGAAGGAGCUGCUGAUUUAGAAACAAUGGAAGACGAGUUACAAAGGGCAGCCAUUGAAGACCAGAUUGCUAAUUUCGGUCAAACCCCGAUUCAAAUCUUCCGGAAGAAACAUCCUCGAAGGGGCCCACCAAUCCCAAUCGCCCACCCUCUACGAUUUGCCCCUUCUUCCAUUACUUUAUCCUCAAUAGUUUCUAGUACAAGUACACAUCCAUCAGCCGUGUUGUAUGUCGGUAUAUCAGAGUCGCAUGUUGUCCUUGUGAAUCAGGGACUCACCAUGUCAGUCAAACUAUGGUUGACCACCCAAUUGGCAUCUGGUGGGAACUUCACCUUUUCUAGCUCACAGGAUCCUUACUUUGCCAUUGGUGCUGAUGUGGUUUCGCCUCGUAGAAUUGGUAGCCCUUUGGCUGAAAACAUUGAACUCGGAGCACAAUGCUUUACAACAAUGCAGACGCCAUCUGGCAAUUUUCUUGUUUCAUGUGGCAAUUGGGAAAACAGCUUCCAGCUCAUUUCCCUUAACGAUGGAAGAUUGGUGCAGAGUGUCCGACAGCAUAAAGAUGUUGUUAGCUGUGUUUACGUUACAUCGGAUGGCAGCAUCUUAGCAACGGGUAGCUACGACACAACCGUGAUGAUCUGGGAAGUUUUACGAAUGCGGUCCCGCGGGAUCCCAAUCGACUCCUCCCACCGCAAAGACCACGUGAUCGCCGACACACCAUUCCACAUCCUAUGUGGACACGAUGACGUCAUCACAUGCGUAUACGCAAGCACAGAGCUGGACAUAGUGAUCAGCGGAUCAAAAGAUGGGGACGUGCGUAUUCCACACCCUCCGGAAAGGCCGAUACCUGCGGUCCCUCCAACACCCGUCGGGGUGCCAGGUGUCGAAACUGGUGGCAUCUAGGCACGGAAGGAUCUUGGUUUAUGCUGACGAUGAUUUGAGUUUGCAUCUUUAUUCGAUUAACGGGAAGCAUCUGAAUUCAUGCGAGUCGAACGGGAAGUUGAACUGUAUUGAGUUGAGUGGGUGUGGUGAGUUUGUGGUGUGUGGGGGGGAUCAGGGACAGAUUGUGGUGAGGCUGAUGAGGUCACUUGAGAUAGUUGGGAGGUAUAGUGGCGCUGGGAAGAUCAUUACGUGUUUGACUGUGACACAGGAGGAGUGUGUGUUGGCGGGGACUAAGGAUGGGAGUUUACUUUUGUAUUCCAUUCAGAAUCCCCAGCUUCGUAGGACCACUGUUUCCAGGACCUUAAUUAAAGCUAGACCUACACCUACACCUACACCCAUUUCUGGGACGUGAUUUCAUGCUCAUUCAUACCUUUAGUUGACUUUACUUCAGUGCAGAUUAUGAUAACCGAUCCCUUUACAUGAUGACAUUACCAAGAUGUACAACAACACAAAGACAGUAGUACACUAUAUAAAUAUUCGUGCAUUUUCCCCAUUUCAAUACUCCCAAGGAAAACGGUGAAACUAUGGGUUGACACAUUCUAACACACUAAUUCAUGUACAUUAUAUGUGGCCUCUUUUUUUUUAAUCAAGUUACAUGUAUUACACAUAAUGAAUUAAUCAUGAUAAAUGUAACCAUAGAUGUGUUGAUCUCUUUGUACAUAUGAGAUCAACUCCUUUCUUGUUAUUGUUAGUUAUAACUUAUAAUGGCGAUCCCCAUUUUCAGGGGUUUAUAAAUAUUUUUUUUCUUCUGCC